UAGAACAGACCUUCUAAUAACUACCUCCUUCUUGCAGUUUACUGAAGAAAAGCUGGGCCAGGCUGAGAAAACUGAACUAGACGCCCACUUUGAAAACCUUCUGGCCAGGGCAGACUGCACAAAGAACUGGACAGAGAAGAUCUUGCGUCAGACUGAAGUUCUGCUACAGCCAAACCCUAGUGCCAGAGUAGAAGAAUUCCUCUAUGAGAAGCUUGACCGGAAGGUGCCUUCCCGGGUCACCAACGGGGAGCUGCUGGCACAGUACAUGACAGAAGCAGCUAAUGACUUUGGGCCAGGGACACCUUAUGGGAAGACCUUGAUAAAAGUUGGAGAGACUCAAAGGCGCUUAGGUGCAGCAGAACGGGACUUCAUCCACUCUGCCUCCAUCAACUUCCUGACCCCACUGCGCAACUUCCUGGAAGGGGAUUGGCGAACCAUCUCCAAAGAGCGAAGGAUCCUGCAGAACCGCCGCCUGGAUCUGGAUGCCUGCAAAGCCAGGUUGAAGAAAGCCAAAGCUGCCGAGGCAAAAGCAGCGGCUGUGCCUGACUUUCAGGAGACUAGACCUCGUAAUUACGUUCUCUCCGCCAGCGCGUCAGCGCUCUGGAGCGACGAGGUGGAAAAAGCAGAACACGAGCUGCGGCUCACGCAGACCGAGUUUGACCGACAGGCCGAGGUGACACGUCUCCUGCUGGAGGGGAUCAGCAGCACACACGUGAAUCAUCUUCGCUGUCUCCAUGAGUUUGUGGAGUCUCAGACCAACUACUAUGCUCAGUGUUACCAAUACAUGCUGGACUUGCAGAAGCAACUGGGCAGAUUUUCAGGCACAUUCGUAGGCAACGCAGAAUCCACAUCUGCUCCCGCAGCUGCUACCUCUCCUCCAGCUGUUGCUGCUGCCACGCUCCCGGCUGUGCCUACUAUUCCGGUUGUGCCCACCAUUGUUGGGGUGCCUAACACCGUGGCAGAGAGUGUACUGAACCCCAACGAAGUCAAGCCUCCUGCCAGUGGGACACGGAAGGCCAGAGUCCUCUAUGAUUAUGAAGCAGCUGACAGCACUGAGCUGGCACUUCUUGCAGAUGAGAUGAUCACUGUGUACAGCCUGCCAGGCAUGGAUCCAGACUGGCUCAUAGGGGAAAGAGGGAACCAGAAAGGGAAAGUUCCUGUCACUUACUUGGAACUGUUAAGUUAAAUGUCUCCAGGAAGAAGAAUGUACAAGCAGAAUGCACCCCUCAUCUCCUGGCACUUCUAAUGCGGAUUUCUUCAUCCGAGACCAUUGCUGUCUUCAGGAUCGACACACUCCAUUGCUAAUGUGGGAAUUGUGGGGAAGAAGUGGUAAAACUGUUACGGUAGGGUUUGGGAAAGGGCUGAUGGCACCCGACACUGAGUUUGUUCCCUACCAGUCCAGCCUGCUUUGAGGUUAGCCUUGAUGGCAUGAGAUUCCUUGAUUACUUUUUCUACCCUACCCUAGUCUCGUUUAUCGCAGUGGCUUUCCCAGGGCCAGCGAGCUGUCUCUCUCAGCAGCUACUCACCAAGUUUAAGUUACACUUCUCUUGUGUCUGGUGUGGGUUAGUGCCUGUCUGCCCCUCCUGUCCUCUCUCUUCUCCAGCAGUAGAAUUGCCUAAGUCAAACCAUCAAGCAUUCUGGUGGGGAAGUGUCCCACACAAACCCUCUGACAUGUCCCAGCUCUUAAGGCAAGGAAGCCGUAUUUAAGAAGCAAGAGCCUGUUACACCUACCCACCGUGUUCACCUGUGGGAGAGCAGCGAUGCUCCCCAAGAGCCACGCUUAGUGUUCUGGUGCCUGACAGCCUCCAUCUGGAACUGUCCUCUCAAGCUGGAACGAAAUUUUUUUUGUGAAGACCAGCCUAGUGACAUAGGGCCUGUAUGUUGAAAAUUGAACCUCACUGCAAGGGACCAUGCAUCUUGCUUGCAUUUCCUCUGAGAAACUGCUCUUGGACUGCAAAGUUUACAAGCCUUUUUACAAGCUUCGCUCCCUGUGUUAAUUGUCCAGGUGUUUCUUUCUGUGUGUCUGUUCCAGGCAUGUUUUAGCCUGACUUGAUUUUCGCCCUAGAUCACUGAUUUAACCAAUGCUUCCUCUCCCGUCUCGGCAGUGAACAGACUUGGUGCAUCUUAGUCCAGUAAGGGAUAGUCCCGCUUGCUGUUAUCUCAAAUACCCCAAAAUUUGAUAAAAGUAUCUUGACCAUACACACACUAAACACUCCAGGCUGGCCUUGAUGUAUGUGGUGGUUUAGCUCAAAGGGAGUGCUCAGGUGUGUCUGCCUUCUAAUCCUAUAAUGAGCUUUUUUUAACUAGAGCUUGACUACAGGACUUCUGCUGCUGUGUAACGAGUUUUUCACUCAAGUCUGAUGGAAAAGAAACUCACCUGCACCAAGCUUUCUGUUCACAACCUUCCUCUCGGUAUGUCAGAACCAACUUUGCUUGUUUAUUGAUCUUUUGCACUUUCCCCAAUGGUAUCGUGACCACUCUAAUGUAACAGGGCACGGAGCACCUGUGUAUGUAGGGCUCAUGAAUUUUCAGCACUUAUUUGCCAAUAAACAAACUGCCUGAC